CUUGGGUUGUGCGUGUUUGAGCAGGCCCCUAGUUGGUUAAGUGCUUAUCUUGUUGAUGAUCUGCUUGGAAUUGUUCAUUCUAGAUUAGUCUGUUUAGACCAGUUUGUGUAGUCUGGUUCUUGGGACUUUGACCCCAUACUUAGUCCAAAAAAAAAAACAUAUAUAUAGAAAGAAAAAAGCAGUCCAUCCACAGCAGAAAAUUCCUCGCAAUAUCUCCUUGCCUUGACGUCAACCAUGCACUCCCCCUUCCAAUAUUCAAUUGUUUUAUUUAUUUGAAAUCUCCAAUUAGUCCUCAUCAAAAAUCACAAGAAGAUUAGUCCCAUCUCUGUCAAUAUGUGUGUGUGGCUUUUUUUUUCACUCAUAUCAUGAUAUAUCAACGAUUUCCAUAAUCUUCGUCCAUGCUAGUAAAUAAUAUUGAUGUCACUCCGAGUUAAAUAUAUUUUCUGAAUCACGUCAAAAAAAUUACUUGUAACCAUAUUUAUUAUUGUAACCUCAAUUAUUGAGGAAUGCAUUGGUGUUGUAUAGGGUUGACACAAAUUGUUAAUUGGAAGUGGGAGAGGAGACUAAUUUUUUGUUUUUUUUUUUAAUGAAAAAAACUUUAGGACGAGGGGAGGCUCUCCCAUCUCAAGGUCAAGACACCAAGGUAUUUUUGAGGACUUACGAAAGGAGACUAAUUUCGAUACAUUGAUAGUUAAUUUAUAUUUUGCUUUAGAUUUAGAAGUUCGAUCAAAACUACAUGCCUUUUCUUUUGUGGAAUUUUGCUUUAGAUUUAGCAGUUAACACAAAUGCUAAUGGAUGUGGCCAACGCUUAAUCUGGUUGCAGAAAGAAAAAGCAAUAGAGAGAAGAAAGUUGGUCCUCAACCACUCCUGUUUCAAUCAAUGGUUUAAUAUUCAAUCAAUCCUCAAAAGUCAAAAUCAGUACCAGUCCAGUCUCCACCUUCAUUUUAAUCAAAACAGUGUGAAAUGGUCAAAGAAGUAUUUUGAUGAAUUGGAAUUGGCAGGAUUUGGUCAAGCAGUGAAUUCUUACAUUGUCCCACUAGUAGAAAUAAAUUACAUUUUCUUUUUUAUGUAUUAUGCUCUCUUUUUUUCCCUUUUUUUUUCUUUUUUAUCAACACGACAAGAGAAUAAAAAGUAUAUAAACACAGUUUUGAUUUGACCAACAAUAAUGUACAAACAGAAUGGCGCCAUUAAUGUUCUCCUUCAGAUUUAUGUUCUUCCUUUCUCCCGUUUUGUUCCUCAUGAUCAGCACUCAAUCUAUACGCCCAUGGUGUUACAACGAUAAAGGCAACUACACCACCAACAGUACAUACCAGACAAACCUCAACACCCUUCUCUCUUCUCUUUUUUCCCCCUCCAACAACGGUAAUGGCUACGGCUUCUACAACUCAUCCUACGGGGAAAACCCCGACCAGGUUUACACAAUCGGGCUAUGUCGAGGGGAUGUCACGGUGGACAUUUGCCGUGACUGCCUCAGCAAAGGCACACAACAGCUCACACAGGUCUGUCCCAAUCAAAAGGAAGCUUUCGGCGUAUUUGACCUGUGCACGCUUCACUACGCCAACCGCUCCAUCUACGGAGCCAUUGAAACUUUCCCUCCUCUCAUGUGGUAUAACGUACAGAACGUGUCCUACGACGUCGACGGGUUUUUUCAAGAGCUGAAGACGCUACUGGAUGACCUAAGGGGUCAAGCUGCAGGGAACGGUUCACUUCGAAAAUUUGCGGUAGGGACCGUAACCGCUCCCAACUUCCAAACAAUCUAUGGACUUGCGCAGUGUAGGCCGGAUUUGACCGCGCAGGACUGCAGUUAUUGCUUGGGUAGUUCUAUGGCAGAUAUCCAAGAAUAUUUUCCGGGGAAGGAAGGUGGUCUUAUUAGUAAACCCAGCUGUGAUCUUAGGUAUGAGAUCUAUCCCAUCGUUGACCCUACAACUGUCCGACCAUUGCCGUCUUCUUCACCGCCACUGUCUAGUCCUCCUCCCCCGUCAACCAGUACAGGAGGAUCGAAGAGUAACAGAUCUCAGAUUGUCAUCAUUAUUGUUGUGCCAAUUGUUGUUUCUGUGGUACUGAUAGUUAUAUUCUUCUGCAUUUGUUUAAGAGUAAGGAGGACAAAAAAAAAACUUGAAACUGGGAAGUUAAUUCAAGGCAGCGACGAUACAGAUGAAAUUGGAUCUGCAGAAUCCUUGCAAUUUGACUUGGCCACCAUUAGAGUUUCCACAGAUGACUUUUCUGAAGCAAAUAAACUUGGAGAGGGCGGAUUUGGAUCUGUUUACAGGGGUAGGCUUCUCAAUGGAAAAGAUAUAGCUGUUAAAAGGCUCUCUACAAAUUCUGGGCAAGGAGAUUUAGAAUUCAAAAAUGAGGUCUUGUUAGUGGCUAAACUUCAACACCGGAAUUUAGUUAGACUCUUAGGUUUCUGCUUAGAAGGAAGUGAAAGGCUUCUUGUCUAUGAAUUUGUCCCUAAUGCAAGUCUCGAUCACAUCAUAUUUGACCCAACAAAGCGUGCACAACUAGAUUGGGUGAGGCGCUACAAAAUCGUAGUAGGCAUUGCUCGAGGCCUCCUUUACCUCCACGAAGACUCUCGCCUUAAAAUUAUUCAUCGUGAUCUCAAAGCUAGUAACAUCUUGAUAGAUGCAGAAAUGAACUCCAAAAUUUCAGAUUUUGGCAUGGCAAGGUUGUUCGUUCUUGAUCAAACGCAAGGCAAUACUAGUCGGAUUGUUGGGACCUUUGGGUAUAUGGCUCCAGAGUAUGCAAUGCAUGGGCACUUUUCUGUUAAGUCCGAUGUCUACAGUUUUGGUGUGUUAGUUCUAGAGAUAGUCAGUGGACAAAAAAAUAGUGGCUUCAGGCAUGGAGAAAAUGCGGAGGAUCUUCUAAGCUUCGCCUGGAGAAGUUGGAGGGAAGGGACAGCUUCAAAUCUAAUAGAUCCCACAUUGAACACUGGUUCAAGAAAUGAAAUAAUGAGAUGCAUCCACAUUGGAUUAUUAUGUGUGCAAGAAAAUGUAGCUGAUAGGCCAACCAUGGCUUCUGUUAUUCUCAUGAUGAAUAGCUACUCCUUCACUCUCCCAGUGCCCUCCCAACCUGCAUUUUAUUUGCAUAGAAGCAUUGGAUUGGACAUGUCGUUACGAUCUGAAUAUAAUUCAGGGGCAACAAGGUCAGAUCGAUCCAAGAGUAACUCUGUCCUGGUAAUGGAAUAUGAGACUUUUACUGAACCACAUCCUCGCUAGUGGUUGAAGAUCGAUCCAAGUCUGUUGAUUUGUGGAGAAAACUAUCCAAGUCUGUUGAUUUUCAGGAUCUGGAUCAAUGUGAAUCAAACCAGAGUGUAAUUUAUUAUAUUUUUAUGACAAUUCUGUAUAAUGAAUAUCCUGUUUUUGAUGAUUCAUGCAUAUAGAAUAACAUUGCUGAUGAGCUCCCGUUCAACCAUUCCUUUAGCAGCUGUUUUGUUGCCGGUGUUGCCUGAUGAGUCAUCAUUCAGGCUGAGGCAUGGGCUGGUCUUGUUCAUUGUGGGAUGCUUCGCUUCCUGGCACAUUCCAGCAACUAACAAGUCAUCAUUCAGGCUGGGGCAUGGGCUGGUCUUGUUCAUUAUGGGAUGCUUCACUUCCUGAAACAGUCCAGCAACUAACAAGCACAUAUCCUUGAUCUACUAUGUCCUUUUUUUCAUUGUUAGUAUCUAAGAUAAUGUAAAAUAUCAGAGACCCU